AUGGGCAAGGGACGGAAGAAAAGCACCGGAGGCACAAGCUCAGGACCCACAAGCCCUUCAAACGAACAACUUGAGAUUAAUACCAAAGGUGAGCUCAGAGGCAAAGUUCCUAACUCUGCUCAACCAAAUACGCAGUUCGUGAAGGAUCAGACUUUUCCAAAAGUCCCUCCAAGCGCAGCAGGGGGAUUUGUGCGAGAUGACGUAGCAGCAAAGGUCCACUCGUUACCAGAUGACUUGCAUGUUUUCCUCGACCACGACUUCGAUGAAAAGUGUAACAAGAUCAAGAAUGUCCUAUAUUAUCUUAUCUUGUAUCAUUUCGACCCCAAGACGAAAUCUCGCCCGAACCACAACAAAACCGCCUUGAAAAAGGCGUUUCAAGAUGAUGUGAAGCCUUUAAUCAUUCCGUACAUCAAACCACCCGUUAUAAAACCGGAGCCAAUUGACACGGAUGCACCCGAAACUGUGGACUUUGAUCCUCUCAGCCGAAAGACCACUCGACAGAUGUUAGUUGGUGCUAUUUUGAAGAAAGUGGGCAAAUUCUUGAUACCCGACAUCGCCAGAAUCAAUCAACUCCUUUGGCUCUACAAAGCCAAGGUUGAUAAGGAUCUUCGCUUGCCAAAAAAACCGGAGUUCAGUCUGCAACCUCGCUACCUGAAAGAAGAUCGCUUGAAGAGCGAGACAGUAGAAGAGCUUCGACAUGCUCUGCAAGUAUAUGCUCCGCACAUCUUCGUGUACUCAAUUGCUUUGAGGCCCUCAUGUCUCAUCGAUCUCUACAUCAAAUUUGUUAUCGAAGGGGAUCUCCCCCCUGAGCGCACCCCUGUCCUUGGGUUUCACUAUGCUGUCAUAGACAAAGAAGCUAAUUGA